CUCCGUACCUACUCAGGACAGGAGACAAUAUUUUAGGAUCCUUUCCCAAGAGUCUGGUGGUAGGGCGAUGAUCAGACUGUUGUCUUCAGCCAUCCGGUCAUUGCACCCACAUGGUUUACAAUCCAAGAUCAACCGUUCUGCCCUUUGUAAAGCCAACUUGCCACCGCCCCGGCACACCCAACCUCGCUACGCGUUGACCACCACCGCGUUCACCUCAAUGGCGGCCAACGACGAGCUGAGUGCCCGCUGCCUAUACGAGCCUCUCGAGGGAGUCGAGAGGCUAGAGAACUAUCGACCCGGCGGCUACCAUCCCGUACAAAUCGGCGAUCACUUUCAGGGCCGAUAUCGCGUGGUUCAUAAAUUGGGAUAUGGCAGCUAUUCAACGACGUGGCUCGCCCGUGAUGAACGAUUAAAUACAUACGUUGCGGUAAAAGUCUGCACGGCAAACUCAAACCCAAAAGAAGCGGACAUUAUAUCCACUCUCACGCGGUCACCCUGCUCUCCAGCCCAUAAUCUUGGACAGGCAAUGAUCCCGUUCAUUCUAAACAGGUUCACCAUACACGGCCCAAAUGGCACCCAUGCUUGCUACGUGACCGCACCGGCAAGGGCUAGCCUCUCUGGGCUAAAAGAUGGUUCGUGGAUCCGCCUAUUCCAGCUCGAGGUCGCCCGGUCCUUGGCGGCGCAACUCGUUCUUGCGGUGGAUUAUGUCCACGCCCAAGGGUUUGUCCAUGGCGACCUUCACCUAGGCAAUAUUCUCCUCAAAGUGCCCCCAGGCUUUGACCAUCUCUCCCCCGAGCAAUUAUAUGAAAAUUACGGACAACCGGAACUAGAUCCCGUCGUCCAUUUAGACGGGAACCCGCUUCCACCUGGCGUUCCAUCCCACGGCAUUACGCCGAUCUGGCUAGGGGAAGCCAGCGAGGCAAUCACACCCGCAGAAGCCCGGAUCCUGCUUUCCGACUUUGGCGAAGCCUUCUCGUGCUCUACAGACGCCAAAUACGAGUCUCACACGCCGCUCGUCAUCCGACCCCCGGAGGCUCGGUUCGAGCCGGAAACCCCUCUGUCUUUUCCAUCCGAUAUAUGGACCCUCGCCUGUACUAUAUGGUCUAUUAUCGCCCAGCGGCCGCUGUUUGAAGGGUUUCUCGCCACGGAGGACGACAUGACGUGCGAGCAGGUCGACGCUCUUGGUAUCUUGCCUGCUGAAUGGUGGACGAGGUGGGAGGGGCGCCGACAACGGUUCACCGAGGACGGGAAGCCACUCAGGCGCAAUCCUUACCGAUCGUGGGUGGAUCGAUUCGAAGAUAGUGUGCAGCAGCCUAGACGGGAGAGUGGGAUGGCGCCGGUUGAUGCUCGCGAGAGGGAUGCUCUGUUUGAUAUGCUACGGUCGAUGCUCUCGUUUCGACCUGGGGAUCGUCCUACUACGGGCCAGAUUCUCCGGUCUGAGUGGAUGGUACGAUGGGCUUUGCCUGAAUAUACUAAAAUCCACGUGUGAGUCGGACCCGGUGCUCCUCAUCCGGUCCUGGAGGGUGGGGGCGCUGGUUAU